AGCCGACGACGUUUCUCAUUUCGGGCCAACUCAUCGGACUUUUUGACAUAGAAUAUGUUUGUUUUCAGUUCUUUAUGUUAUGAAUUGUGACUGAAUAAUUGAAGAUUAGAUAUAUUAUUUAAUUAAAAACAUGGAGGUACAUUAUCUCGUGUUUGUUUUGAGUGUAUUAUGGCAUGGGACUGACGCGAUCAUGUGGAGCCUCGCGCCCAAUACACAGAAGUGUUUGAAGGAGGAACUCCACGCUAACGUGCUCGUGGCAGGAGAAUACGAAGUAACAGAGGUUGCCGGACAAAGAGUCGACUAUAUCAUUCGUGACUCCAAAGACCACAUAUUAUCACAAAGGGAUUCCAUAUCUAAGGGAAAAUUCACAUUUGUGACAGAAACUUAUGACACAUUUGAAGUCUGUUUUAUAUCUAAAGUUCCUCCUGAACGCCGUGGCGUCUCACAGGAUGUAAUGCUGGAUAUCAAAAUCGGAAUAGAAGCUAAAAAUUAUGAAGGCAUUGGUGAAGCAGCUAAACUGAAACCAAUGGAACUGGAACUGAAGAGAUUAGAAGACCUGUCGGAAGCUAUAGUACAAGACUUCACGCUAAUGAGAAAGAGGGAGGAGGAGAUGAGAGACACCAAUGAGUCCACAAACAACCGUGUUCUAUUCUUCAGUGUUUUCUCAAUGGCAUGUCUCCUGGGUCUCGCCACGUGGCAGGUUCUCUACUUACGCCGGUAUUUUAAGGCCAAAAAGCUUAUUGAAUAGCACAACACAUAUUUAGCCGCGGCUAAAGUUGCGUGCGGGCUCAUAGAUUAAAAUUUGCUAAGAGGUUCCAUGCGUCAAGUGUGUUUUACAUGAUCUCUUUUUUAGUCUUUAUAAUUUCAAAGUAUUCAAUUUUUCAAACCACUUUUGAAGAUGUAAAUAAUGUUAAUUUUUGUUAUUGUGAAACUACUAAUUUUAUUCUAAAAUGGUAGAAACCAAAUCACAUGAUGGCAACACCGAAUUCGAUCAAAUCCUAGUGAUAAUGAAAUGUACCAGCGCAUCACAACACCCCGCAAGCUACUUUAACCGCAGAAUAGAU